AUGGCCCAUCCAGAGGCAGAUGAAGUGUAUGAGCAGCAACAUGUGCAUGAUGUAUACCAGCAAAUCGCCGGCCAUUUCUCCGCCACCCGCUACAAGCCAUGGCCUGUCGUGGAACGAUUCCUCAAGGAAUUGAAUCCUGGUGCCGUCGGUCUUGAUGUAGGCUGCGGCAAUGGCAAGUACCUCACUGUAAAUCGAAAUGUCUUUAUCAUUGCUUCCGAUCGAUCAGAAAACCUGGUCCGGUUCGCCGUCCAGCAUCAGCCCCAUGGUACCGUGGUGGCCGAUAUCUUCAGUCUUCCACAUCGAGACGCCUUUUUUGACUUUGCCAUCUCGAUUGCGGUGGUGCACCACCUCUCGACCCCAGCCCGGAGAAUCGACGCCAUCGCCGAGAUUUUGCGAACGUUGAAGCCCGGGUCUGAGACGCAUGUGGGUGGGAGAGUCCUGAUUUACGUCUGGGCUCUGGAGCAAAAGACCAGUCGUAGGGGUUGGGACAAGGGUGACAAGCAGGAUAUCAUGGUCCCCUGGGUCCGUAAGGGCGCGCCAUCCCAAGACGGCCCGGAGCAAUCCCAAACGUUCCAUCGUUACUACCACCUGUAUCAGGCGGGUGAACUGGAGCACGACAUUAGCAGCGCUGGUGGCCGCGUGCUGGAAUCCGGGUAUGACAAGGAUAAUUGGUGGGCGAUCGCGACGCCCAAGACCGCUGAUGUGUGA